AACAUAAUACAGUGCAAACAAACCAACCACCCACAGAUAACAGUACAUACAAGCAAGCGUCGUCAGGCAGGCCGGGUCAAUAUCAAUAGGGCAGGUAGGUACAGGGGGAGCAAGCGGAGAUUGGUCGGGGUCACAGGUCAGGUUCAGCAGGUAGCUAGCAGCGUAGUACAGAGGGUCAGGCAGAGGGAUGGUCAGGGUCACAAGCCAGGGAUCAGAACAGGAGAAGUAGCAGAGGUCCAGAUCAGGCAGGGUCGGCAACGAAUCAGACAGGAACAGGAACAGGGAUACAGGGCCCAUAGAAAAACACACACCAAGGCACAGACUGCAGGUCUGGCC